CGCCCUGGGGACUGCGGCCAGGCGGCGGGGCCGGACGGGAGUGGACGGGGCUGGGCGCGGGCCGGGCGCGCUGGGCCGGCGGGGCGGCGCGCUGACCGCCGUCUCCAUGCGUCCCGCAGGCGGGGAGCCCGCACCGCCGCGCCCGGGCCGCGAGUGAUGAUAACCUAAGAGGCCGGCGCGGGCGGGCGUGAGUGGCGGAGGAGCCGGGCACGGCGACACGCGGCCAUGGAGCGGGAGCCGGCGGGGACCGAGGAGCCCGGGCCUCCGGGACGGCGGCGGCGCCGAGAGGGCAGGACGCGCACGGUGCGCUCCAACCUGCUGCCGCCCCCGGGCGCCGAGGACCCUGCGGCUGGCGCGGCCAAGGGCGAGCGGCGACGGCGGCGCGGGUGCGCCCAGCACCUGGCCGACAACCGGCUCAAGACCACCAAGUACACGCUGCUGUCCUUCCUGCCCAAGAACCUGUUCGAGCAGUUCCACCGCCCGGCCAACGUGUACUUUGUCUUCAUCGCGCUGCUCAACUUCGUGCCGGCGGUGAACGCCUUCCAGCCCGGCCUGGCGUUGGCGCCGGUGCUCUUCAUCCUGGCCAUCACGGCCUUCAGGGACCUGUGGGAGGACUACAGCCGCCACCGCUCCGACCACAAGAUCAACCACCUGGGCUGCCUGGUCUUCAGCAGGGAAGAAAAGAAAUACGUGAACCGAUUCUGGAAAGAAAUCCACGUGGGAGACUUUGUGCGUCUUCGCUGCAACGAAAUCUUCCCUGCGGACAUUCUGCUGCUCUCCUCCAGUGACCCCGACGGGCUAUGCCACAUCGAGACCGCCAACCUGGACGGAGAGACCAACCUGAAGCGGCGGCAGGUGGUCCGCGGCUUCUCGGAACUUGUCUCCGAAUUCAAUCCUUUGACGUUCACCAGCGUGAUCGAAUGCGAGAAGCCAAACAACGACCUGAGUAGGUUUCGCGGCUGCAUCAUACAUGACAACGGGAAAAAGGCCGGGCUGUAUAAAGAAAACCUGCUGCUGCGGGGCUGCACCCUUAGGAACACGGAUGCAGUUGUCGGCAUCGUCAUCUACGCAGGGCAUGAAACCAAGGCUCUGCUGAACAACAGCGGGCCCCGCUACAAGCGCAGCAAGCUGGAGAGGCAGAUGAACUGCGACGUGCUGUGGUGUGUCCUGCUCCUUGUUUGCAUGUCUCUGUUUUCAGCAGUCGGACAUGGACUGUGGAUAUGGCGGUAUCAAGAGAAGAAGUCAUUAUUUUAUGUCCCCAAGUCUGAUGGAAGCUCCUUAUCCCCAGUCACAGCUGCAGUUUACUCAUUUUUAACAAUGAUAAUAGUUCUGCAGGUUUUGAUCCCAAUUUCCUUAUAUGUUUCCAUUGAAAUUGUUAAAGCAUGCCAAGUGUACUUCAUUAACCAGGACAUGCAGUUGUAUGACGAAGAAACAGACUCGCAGCUGCAGUGCCGAGCUCUGAACAUCACGGAAGACUUAGGGCAGAUACAGUACAUUUUCUCAGAUAAAACUGGCACUUUGACAGAGAAUAAGAUGGUUUUCCGAAGAUGCACUGUGUCUGGUGUAGAAUAUUCUCAUGAUGCAAAUGCGCAGCGUCUGGCCAGGUACCAGGAGGCAGACUCGGAGGAGGAGGAGGUGGUGCCCAGAGGGGGCUCGGUGUCCCAGCGUGGCAGCAUCGGGAGCCACCAGAGUGUCCGGGUGGUGCACAGAACCCAGAGCACCAAGUCCCACCGGCGCACGGGCAGCCGGGCCGAGGCCAAGAGGGCCAGCAUGCUGUCCAAGCACACGGCCUUCAGCAGCCCCAUGGAGAAGGACAUCACGCCCGACCCAAAGCUGCUGGAGAAAGUGAGUGAGUGUGACAAGAGCCUAGCCGUGGCGAGGCACCAGGAGCACCCGCUGGCCCACCUCUCGCCCGAGCUGUCUGACGUCUUUGAUUUCUUCAUCGCACUCACCAUCUGCAACACAGUCGUCGUCACGUCCCCGGAUCAGCCACGAACAAAGGUGAGGGUGAGGUUUGAGCUGAAGUCCCCCGUGAAGACGAUAGAAGACUUCCUGCGGAGGUUCACACCCAGCUGCCUGACCGCAGGCUGCAGCAGCAUCGGGAGCCUGGCCACCAAGUCCAACCACAAGUUGGGCUCCAACUUCCUGUCCACCCCGUCCAGCGACGGCAUGCUUCUCAGGCUGGAGGAGAGGCUGGGCCAGCCCACCUCGGCCAUCGCCAGCAAUGGCUACAGCAGCCAGGCGGACAACUGGGCCUCGGAGCCUGCUCAGGAGCAGAAGUCAGAGUGCGAGCUGCGGUACGAGGCGGAGAGCCCGGAUGAGGCGGCACUGGUGUAUGCAGCCAGAGCCUACAGCUGCGUGCUUGUGGAGCGGCUGCACGACCAAGUGUCAGUGGAGCUGCCCCACCUGGGCAGGCUCACCUUCGAGCUCCUGCACACACUGGGUUUCGACUCCAUCCGCAAGAGGAUGUCAGUGGUGAUCCGACACCCGCUUACCAAUGAGAUCAACGUCUACACCAAGGGAGCCGACUCAGUGGUCAUGGAUCUCCUGCAGCCCUGCUCUUCAGUUGACGCCAAAGGGAGGCAUCAGAAAAAGAUUCGGAGCAAAACUCAGAAUUACCUCAACCUGUAUGCGGCGGAAGGCCUGCGCACCUUGUGCAUCGCCAAGAGGGUUCUGAGUAAAGAGGAGUAUGCCUGCUGGUUGCAAAGCCACCUAGAAGCAGAAUCCUCCCUGGAAAACAGCGAGGAGCUCCUCUUCCAGUCUGCCAUUCGCCUGGAGACCAACCUGCACUUGUUAGGUGCCACUGGGAUUGAAGAUCGUCUGCAGGACGGAGUCCCUGAAACUAUUUCUAAAUUGCGUCAAGCGGGCCUGCAGAUUUGGGUUCUCACUGGUGACAAACAAGAAACAGCCGUCAACAUUGCGUAUGCCUGCAAACUGCUGGACCACGACGAGGAGGUCAUCACCCUGAACGCCACGUCCCAGGAGGCGUGUGCAGCCCUGCUAGACCAGUGCCUAAGCUACGUGCAGUCCAGAGGCCUCCAGAGAGCCCCUGAGAAGACCAAGGGCAAAGUGAGCAUGAGGUUCUCCUCUCUCUGCCCACCCUCCACAUCCACUGCCUCUGGCCGCAGUCCCAGCCUCGUGAUUGAUGGGAGAAGCCUGGCCUAUGCUCUGGAGAAAAACCUGGAGGACAAAUUCCUCUUCCUUGCCAAGCAGUGCCGCUCCGUCCUCUGCUGUCGGUCGACGCCUCUGCAGAAAAGCAUGGUGGUGAAGCUGGUGCGGAGCAAGCUCAAGGUCAUGACCCUGGCCAUAGGUGAUGGAGCCAAUGAUGUCAGCAUGAUCCAGGUGGCAGAUGUGGGUGUGGGAAUCUCCGGCCAGGAGGGUAUGCAGGAGACGCUGAGGGAGACAACAGCGACGGAGACUCCGGCCAGCCACGCUCACACUCUGUUCAGAAUGGGGAUUUUCCUUCCCUGUUGUGUACCUCGCAUUUUGAGAAGAGAAGACAAACCUUACACCAGGUCGGCAUCACCAGUAACAGGAAUCCCUCUCCCUUUGAAGGCAGUGAUGGCCAGCGACUUUGCGGUGCCGAAAUUCCAAUACCUGGAGAGGCUCUUGAUUCUUCACGGGCAUUGGUGCUACUCCCGACUUGCCAACAUGGUGCUGUACUUCUUCUACAAAAACGCAAUGUUUGUGGGCCUCCUGUUUUGGUUCCAGUUUUUCUGUGGCUUCUCUGCAUCUGCCAUGAUUGACCAAUGGUAUCUAAUCUUCUUUAAUCUGCUCUUCUCGUCGCUUCCUCCGCUCGUGACUGGGGUGCUGGACAGGGAUGUGCCGGCCAACGUGCUGCUGACCAACCCGCAACUCUACAAGAGUGGCCAGAACAUGGAGGAAUACCGGCCACGAACGUUCUGGUUUAACAUGGCCGACGCCGCCUUCCAGAGCCUGGUUUGCUUUUCCAUUCCUUACCUGGCCUACUAUGACUCAAACGUGGACCUGUUUACCUGGGGGACCCCUAUCGUGACAAUCGCGCUGCUCACCUUCCUGCUCCACCUGGGCUUUGAAACCAAAACCUGGACCUGGCUCAACUGGAUAACAUGUGGCUUCAGUGUCCUUUUGUUUUUCACCGUGGCUUUGAUUUACAAUGCAUCUUGUGCCAUGUGCUAUCCUCCAUCCAACCCUUACUGGACUAUGCAAGCCUUACUGGGUGACCCAGUGUUUUACUUGACUUGCCUGAUGACGCCUGUCGCUGCGCUGCUGCCCAGAUUGUUUUUCAGAUCCCUCCAGGGGAGCAUUUUCCCCACCCAACUUCAGCUGGCACGUCAGUUGACCAGGAAGUCCCCCAGGAAAUGCAGUGCUCCCAAAGAGACCUUUGCUCAGGGACGCCUCCCGAAGGACUCGGGAACCGAGCACUCAUCAGGGAGGACUGUCAAGACCUCUGUGCCCCUGUCCCAGCCUUCUUGGCACACACAGCAGCCGGCCUGCUCCCCGGAGGCCAGCGGGGAGCCCAGCAGAGUGGACAUGAGCAUGCCAUUGAGGGAGCACACCCUGCUGGAGGGGCUGAGCGCACCGGCCCCCAUGUCCUCUGCGCCAGGGGAGGCUGUCCUGAGGAGUCCGGGAGGGUGUCCUGAGGAGUCCAAGGUGAGAGCUGCCAGCACCGGCAGGGUGACCCCCCUGUCUUCCCUCUUCAGCCUGCCCACCUUCAGCCUACUCACCUGGAUUUCCUCCUGGUCGCUGGUCAGCAGGCUGGGGAGUGUCUUACAGUUCUCCCGGACAGAGCAGCUUGCAGAUGGACAAGCGGGACGUGGACUUCCUGUCCAGCCCCACUCAGGCCGAUCAGGACUUCAGGGGCCAGACCACAGACUACUUAUAGGAGCAUCUUCAAGGCGGUCGCAGUGAAAACCUUGAAAUGGCCUUUUUUAAUAUAUAUAUAAAUAAAUGUUAAUAUUAUUUAUGUUUAUUAUUUGCACAGAAGAGUUCUAGGGAGAUGUAUUUCUAAAUGUUUCCCAGGCUAAUACAGGAAACAAGAGGUACCAAAAAAGAAAGUUUAUUUUUUAAAGUUCUAAGUAGAGUAUACUGAAAAGAAAAAGAAAAGCCUUAACAUGUAUAAAAGUUUAUAGAAGAGUGACACUUGAAAAGUGUGUUUAGAUUUAUUUUUUCAUGUCACUUUUAAGAACAAGCAGUAUGAUUUGUUUUCUUCAACAUGUAUGACCCUGCUUUCCCUGAGUACAAACGUGCGACUGCUCAUAGUCGAUGCAGGCAGGUGCAAACACGGGGGAACAAUGAGCAGAGAUGGCAGAGGGCAGAGCACGUGGCCCCCAGAGGCAGAGUCCCCCACGGGCUUCCAGUCUCACUGACACAGGAGGGCUGCGCUCCACUUUAUCCAGAUGAGGGAAAGGAAGACCUCAUGAAAAAUUCACAGUUGAGUGCAUCCCAGCAUUCUGUUCCGGGCAGGCAUUUCAGGAAGACCGCCUUGCAGGUAUUACAUCCCCGGUGUAGUAUUUUGCCUGUUAAAUCAUAACAAGCAAUAAACAACUUUCACUUUGCAAA